AUGGCGGCGCCCACGCUCCCGCCGAUGGAGACCGACAGCUUCAAUCCAGACUUCAACAACGUCUCCGGAGCAGCGAACGGCACGGCGCACGCAGACGGCGCGGCCGCAUCUCCAGUAGACGCGGCAGCCUCUGCGCCCGCCGUGCAGCUGCCCGACCAGAAGCACGACGCGCCCGACGCGCCCGACGCUCAGACGCAGCACAAGGUCCACGAUGUCCUCCACUCCGACAUUGGCGUCAACACGCUGCUGAACCGGCUCAAGGCCAGCAUUGCCAGCGCCAGGGACUUCGCCAGCUUCCUGAAGCGCCGCGGCGCCAUGGAGGAGGAGCACGCCAACAGCCUGAAGAAGCUCAGCCGCCUGACGCUCGACAACAUCCGCAAGCCCGAGGCGCGCCACGAGAGCUACCAGACGCAGUUUGAGCACGUCAUGCACGCCAACGAGCGCAUCGCCGACAAUGGCACCCAGUUCGGCCUGGCCCUCCACGCCAUGCACGAGAACCUGCUGCAGCUGGCCAACAAGAUGGACGGCAGCAGGAAGACAUGGAAGCAGCAGGGCCUGACUGCGGAGCAAAAGGUCCAGGACGCCGAGAGGCUUGCGGAGAAGGCGAAGGCCAAGUACGACCAGCUCGCCGAGGACCUUGACCGGGUGAAGACAGGCGACACGGGAGCCGGCAGGAAGUUCGGCCUCAAGGGGCCCAAGUCGGCCGCCCAGCACGAAGAGGAUCUCCAGCGCAAAGUCCAGGCAGCAGACCAGGACUAUGCCAGCAAAGUACAGACUGCCCAGUCGUACCGCAAGGAAUUGGUCGCUACCACCCGCCCCCAAGCAGUGGCGGCACUGGUCGACCUCAUCAAGGAGAUCGAUGCGGCCUUGACUAUGGAGAUGCAGAAAUACGCGUCUUUCAACGAGAAAUUGGUCGUCAACAACGGCCAGGUCGUCAGCCCGCAGCCGUUGAAGGGUGGCGCAACCCAGCCGUCGCCUACCAUAAACCAACUCAUCUACCAGAUCAACAACGAGAGGGACUUUGAUGACUAUGUACUCAAGCACGCCUCCAAGGUUCCGUCGGUACGGUCGGACCUCCAGUACGUCAAGCAUCCAACCCAAGCUCCGACCCACGCACAGCCUACUCCGCCCGCCGCCACUGUUACCGGCCGACGGACCUCAAUGCAGAUGCAGAGUCAACCCGCGCCUGCAUUUGGGCUGCAACAGUCCGAUACAGCCCAGUCACCUGCGCACUACCAGGCCCCCUCACAGCCUGAGCCCGUACAACAGCCCAGCUAUCAGAGCUAUAACACUGGCUAUUCGCAGCAACAGCAGCAGCAGCAGCAGCAGCAGCAGGUCCCACAGCAGUACCAGUCCCCAUACGGCGCGUCUGCUUAUUCUCCAGUCGCGCAGAACCCGUAUUCUCAACCGGACUACCCCCGUGGUCCCGCAGGACAGGCAGCGGCGCAGCAAACCAGCGGCGUGCUUUAUGGCGGCUCCUCGCCCCCGGUCAACCCAGUGUUUGGUGUCAACUUGGAUCAACUCUUCGCAAGGGAUGGUUCUCCGGUGCCAUUAGUGGUCUAUCAGUGCAUCCAGGCCGUCGACUUGUACGGACUCGAAGUCGAGGGUAUUUACCGUAUCCCAGGCACCGCCUCGCACAUUCAGGCGAUGAAGGCCUUGUUUGACAGUGCCGCUACUCAAGUCGACUUCCGCAACCCAGAAGCAUUCCAACAUGACGUCAAUAGCGUUGCUGGCCUGCUCAAACAGUUCUUCCGCGAGCUACCGGAUCCGCUCUUGACGAAGGACUUUUACACGAAAUUCAUAGAUGCAGCCCGUAUCGAUGAUGACACCAUGCGGCGAGACUCGAUGCACGCCUUGAUCAAUGCGCUACCCGACCCGAACUACGCCACUCUUCGCGCCCUCAUGCUACACCUCCAUCGUGUGGAGCAAUCGUCUGAAGUGAAUCGCAUGAGCACUGCCAAUCUGGGCAUAUGCUGGGCGCCGUCCAUCAUGGGCCCUCACAAGGGUAGCAACAUGGCAGACGCUGGACUUCAAGCUCGGGUUAUCAUUACAAUUUUGGACAACGUGCUCCAGAUUUUUGAUGAAGAUUAA